UAUAUGAAUUCCACUGAGAUUAUGAAUGACUAUGUGAUUGAAAAUUUGAAAUGCUCAUUUUUGAAUUGUAGAGGGUAAGGUGAAUUAAUUCCUUCUAACAAUAAUUUUUUGUAUUUUUAUUAAUAGCAAAAUCCACAUGUAUUUAGAAUGGGAGAUUUACAUUAAUCUGAUCAAAUAAAUACUUAACAAACAUAGAUUAAAUUCAUUUGUCAGGCGUGUAGCGAUAUUAUGAUGAGUUAGCCAAUUCAGCCAAUUGAAUAAAUAAAGAACUAUAUUUAGUUAGAUGACUAAUAAUAUGAUAUCUUUAUAGAGAAAGAUGGGAGAGAUACUUCUAAUCCUCCUAAGAAAGGCAAGUUUACAGAACAAAAGCAAAAGUGCAAAAAAUGCUUAGAAAAUGAAGAUAAGAUGUAGGAUUUUGACUAAAAUCUAAAAAAUCAAUUAAGUAGAAACAAUUAUGAUAUAGAUACUAAGAUUAAGAUUGCAAGAUAUUAUGCCGAAGAAUAAGUAUAAUAUUUAAUCAUUAAAACAAGUAUAAAAAUGAUAAAAAAAUGUUUGAAACUUUGAAAUAAAAACUAAGACAAGGUAAUUACUAGGGAAAAAUUGAACAACUAAUGAUUUUGAAUAAAAUGAAAAUGAUAAUGUAGAAAUAUUAAUGAGGA